AUGUUGGGACUAGGGAAUAGCCAUGUGUAUUCAAUGGCUAAUCAAAGCUCGAUCUCGAACAUUUCCAGAGAUGAGAAGUACGAUUAUGAAGAUGAAGUGUCAGACGAGAAUGAUGAGUCAGGGAUCUCAUUGAACAAGGUCCGCGCAGAGCAUGGGUUUAGCCUGCGGUCUUUCAUAGACCAGAUAAACGCCAAGACGAAAGCCCUGGCCAUUGCGCGAGAACUGGACGCCAAAAGAGGCAUCACUCAUCAGGAUGCCACUAUGAGCGCGGGCUCCAUAGAUUCUACCACGAGCACGUCUACCGAAUUUCCGAGGGCCACGGUACGCAGAGUUCCAUCGGGAGCUCGAGCAUCGACAGUGGAGCCUAAUCUUAAUGCUGCCACGCCGAUGAAAGACGUAUCUCAAAACGGCGAUUCUCAGAACCAGACUAUUGACGACCUCUUGGUGCAGUCCACUCCGAUUAACACCAGCAAAUCCGCACCUUCAAGUCGAAACACGCAGCCGAGAGAUAUUCUUAAAGGUAAAUUCAUGGAAAGCCACAAAGCGCAGACUGGAAAAUCUACAAGACUGCAAAGUGAAGAUGUCCAGUCGGAGCAAGAGCUUGUGUUGGAGGCGGAAAUGGAGGUCAAGACUAUCCAAGGACAGGGCCUACGGUCUGAACCUUUCAAGAACGGGCCAUCUCAGAAAGAUCAAGAUAUCGAUGAAUUACAUCAAAUCGUCGAUAAGCAAGAACAGCAUACUGCGGAGCUACUACAGAACAUCCAGAGUCAACAAGAACAGCUUUUUACACAACAAGGGGAAAUGGAGAGAGUUCGGCAACAAAGCUUUGCAGACCAGCAAGAAUUAAGGAAUCGCAAUGAAGAAAUACGUUUCAGAGACGAGGAAUUAAUCAAGAUCAAAGAACAAAUGAACUCAAAAAGUCAGGAUUUCGAAAUUUACACCCGAGGCCUCGAGCAAGAGGUUCAAAAGCUACGAGAAGCUCUCAAACAGAGCACCUCAUCGGCUCAGGAACUUGCAAACAAGGUAACAGCUUUUGAGCGAAACAGCGUGGAUCUUUCUGAGAAAUUGCACCAACAAAGCAGCGAGCUUCAACAACUUCAAAGUGAACGUGUUGAUGAGCAGAGGUGUUUCGAUGCAGAAAGAAAAGGCCACAGCUCUAAAGUAGAAGCUUCUGAAAAUGAAGUUACUUCACUCCAAGCCAUGCUCGAUCUUCUUCAAAAGGAUCUCGAUACAGAAAAAGAAGCCGCUGCGAUAAAUCGCUCAGCUCACGAAGUUGAAUUAAAAGCGCUCAAAGAAACCAAUAAAGGGCUGAAAGACGACUUGGAGUCUCAAAAAAUCAAACUGCAGAAGGAUUCUUCGAUGUAUGAAAAUAAGUUAACGCAUUUGGAGACUCAGCUUGUUACUGCUCGCCAGGAAACAGAAAAAAUAUCUCUCCAAUACAACAUGUUAGAAAAGCAGCAUAUCGAGCUUCAAAACCUGCGAGAUGGCCUAGAGGAAACCAACCAAGAUCUAAAAACCGUUGUACACAAGCUUGAGAAAAUCUCUUCAGAACAAGUUCAGACUAUUGGUAAACUUGAAGACGAAGUUGAGAGGAAAGUGAAAAAGGAAGCAAAUUCACUUUCUAACGCUAGGAAGCAUUCCAAGCAGCUCGAGGAAAAAGUACGGCAAUUGCAGGAUGUAAUUGUAACCAAAAAAAACGAGAAUGAUCUACAAAAGCAAGAAAGCGAAUCAUUUGCAGGAUUCCUGAGAAAUGUAGCUUUGUUUCAAACCCAAAUUGGUGAAAUAAUAUUCGAACAGUAUCAACAGGAUAGGUACUGCACUCAUUUAGAUGGCAUCUUCACUGCAAAAAAUUCGGAAAUUGUGGGAUUUUUAAAACAAGAUCAGAUCGAGUCCAUGAUAGCUACCUCGGCACGCUUAGAGGCCGUGACCGCGGAGUCAAACAAUUUGCAACAGUGUAUUAGUGAUGAGUGGGAAGUUAAGGUCAAAAAGCUAGAAAAUGAGUGCAAAGUACAAAUACAGGGGCAAGAAGAACUAAACGACAAGAUUCAUAUUGAUGAGCAAAAAAUACAGGCCCUGGAGUCUAAGGUGUCCGAGUUAGAAACUAAGAGGCAAGCUGCACUGAAAGAGAAGGAAAAGGAUGUAGAUGUUCGUCAAAAUUUGAGCAACGAAAUUAAUAGCUUAAAAACGCAACUCGUUGAGAACCAAGGUAAAGGCUUGUUAGAGCUUUCCAGCAAAAUGGAUCUAUUGAUCGAAGCGAAAUACAAUUUGCAAGAUCAGGUGCAGGGCUUAGAGACCAUUAUAAAAGAUGGAGAAAAAUCUAUCGCCGAACUCACCGCACUUGUUGAUCAAGAGCGUGCAAAUCUAGCAGCUUCGCAGAGCGAACUGCUACAAACUCGCCGGGAGCUAGCAAAAGCUUGUGGAAAUCCUGCACAUCGUAUCACCUUCCAGGUAGCUUCUCAAGCCCGACCCCAUUUAAGUCGCAAAACUUACGAAUCACUCAUGGUUGAUGCCGUUAACGACAUGGACGUUGUGGAGUUGCAGAACGUAGUAAAAAAUUUAAUACUGCUACUGGAGAUUCCGCUUUCCAAGAUAACCAAGAAGAUGCCACUUGUCGCCAUUUAUUUGCGUUAUGAAAAAAGCAUAUGCUUACAUUUCGCCAAUAAAUUACAUUAUCUGAUGUUUCGUGAGACAAUUGACAUCAAGCGGUUCACAAAUAUUGUUUAUGCUCAGUACGUUGACCAUCAUGACAUCUGUCACCUCGAACAUCCGUUAGAAUCAUGUCUCGAUAAUCUGUACAAAGCGGUUAGUGCCAGAAUUUCAACAUCGCCUUUGACGAGUGGAUAA